UUCAUCAGCAGCCUGUCUGGAUCAAUUUCAAGACGCCUUGGCUGGUCUUCUGCGCCUAUCAGAGCCGUCACCCAGCUAGAGCCUGCACGACCAGGCACAACCUAUGCCAAGUCUUCUCGGAUCGCCUCGCUAGCACCCCAUCCAGACAUUUACCUGCAUUCCCUCGGCCCUCUAACUGUCUUGAGAUAG